AUGCGGCCUUUGAACCACGUUCGCCGCGACGACCUAAGCGACUUCCGGCGCGGCGUCGACCGCGCGCCCCUAAACAAGCGGGGGUGGGAGUGCUGCCUGCGCUCGGUCUCGGAGCUGUGUCCCAAGGGCUACGUGUACGAGCAUUCGGCCGAGUACCAUGGCGAUUAUCUUCCACCGCGAGGUGCCCUCUAG